ACAAAGCGGCUCGCGGUCUGCGAACUUCCUUCUGCUAGCACACACCAGAUUCUGCCUCUCUUUGUAGCAGGAAAAGUACCUUGACCAAGGGCCUGGGCCUCAAACUCUUACUUCCCAUCUUGCUACGGCUUUCACUUCUCUGGCUCUCUUUCAUCACUUGAUUCAUUCGCACAGCAAAUCAUUUGCCGACUCUAAAAGGUCAUCGCCCCUCAUCAGCCAUCAUUCUUCGCAGCUCAUCUCCGACGACUCCCUGUCAUCAUCUGACGAUCAACCAAGAACUCUUCCCACAACUCUUCCACAGUUUUAGCCCUCUCUCGGACUGUCCCACGAUGCGCAGAUCGAGUAGCACCGUUCCUGGCCGCGCAGGCACCCCUCAACAACCAAUCCUGAUCGAUGAUGACAUCGACACUCUGAGCACGAAUCUCUAUGAUGCCAUCACUGUUGAUGAUGACAAUGGCUUCGGAGACGACGAUACUGCCGAUGUCAAAUUCAUUUCUGAGCAAAAAUCUACCAUCGAUAAUGACACAGCCAACGACGAUGUGACAUUCAUAUCUCAGCAUGGUCCCAUCCGCGAUGAUGACUAUCGUUGGGGCUCGCUUCCACCCCCACGACCCAAUCCUCGAACCUCCAAGAGAGUUAAAAGAGCCUUCGUCAAGUAUGAGCCUAGAACCAACCCGGUCACCAACACAUCUGCCCUCCAGGGUCACUGGAUCACGGACAACUAUUGUCUCCUUCCUGGUCUUGUUGUCGAGCUGCGUGUCGAUCCUGGUAGUCCUUUAAAAUGCGGCGAUUUUCUCCGGAUCGUAAGCAUUUUUGAGGAUAUGGACAGCCAGAGUGUUUACCUAAGGGGUAUCCUUUACCGUCGUACAAGAACUCUGGAUGGGAUGCUCCCUAGAAAGACCAACGAAGUGUAUCAAGUUCUACAGCGAAACAUGGAAGAUCCUCGUGACAUCAAGGUCCAGUCCCUUCACGAUAUUCCAGUUAGCCUCGUUACCGGCACGCGUUGCUUGAAACACACCAACACAAUCUUCCCUGUCAACAGCUACCGCACACGCGAAGACAUGAGCGGACAGUCAAGCAAAUUCAUUUGCGACAACGCCCAGCUGACUUGCAGAUGGAAGAGAACGUUCCAGUAUUCUUGCUUGAUGGACUUGAUGACCGGUCAUCCCCAAGAGACCGCCCUUGAACGGAUCACAGACGCUGAGUGCGAUCUAGACUUUCGCAUUCCAGACUUCAAACUACGCGAAGCUGUUCCGAAUCUCAGAUCGGACCUAUCUGUUAUCGAUCUCACUGCCGAUGAAGCAGCGGAUCGAGACUCUCUUCAGUUGGCAGAUAUCCUUAGCAAGACUCAUAUUUCUGCUUCCACUACUUGUCCUGACUACACAUUCGCCGACUUCUUUUGUGGAGCAGGCGGCAUUUCUGUCGGAGCUAGGCAGGCAGGGUUCAAGGUUGUAUACGGAGUUGACCACAACGCCGAUGCUUGUGCCACUUAUCGCCUCAACUUCCCUGGAACGGAUGUUUUCGAGGAGGACGUCUACUACAACCUGACAGCCAGGCAACAAGACAACGCCCACGUGCGUUGCUGUCACAUGUCCACCGUGUGUAAAACAAUCUCGACUGCCUAUACCGUCAGAGGCAAGAAUCACGACGCCAACGAGGCGACUCUAUUUUGUAUCUCGGACAUCCUUCGUAAGGCCACGCCUAUGGUCGCUACACUGGAACAAACGUUCGGCGCUCUAUUUGAAGGCAAAAAGCAGAUCUUCAAUUCCUUUGUCUUGCAGUUUACUGAUAUGAACUACUCCGUCAAGUGGGCAGUCCACACCCUUUCUGAAUAUGGCGUUCCCCAAGCACGAAAGCGCCUCAUCAUGUUGGCCUCAUGUGCUGGACAUCCUCUGCCAGAGUUCCCUAAGCCUACACAUGCUGCUCACCCAGAGAAGCCUGUACCGGGUCUGAAGCCCUCGGUCACCAUAGCCGAUGCACUUGGACCCAUCCGCCAUGAUACUCCAAACCACGACCCUCGUGCCUUGGAGCGCAAAGACUUCCCUCCUUACAGUCCUCAUCAACUCGGUAGAGGCUGUAUCACCACUAGCGGUGGUCAAAACAACUGGCACUUCAGUGGCAAGCGCCAUUUGACUGAGCGUGAAUUUGCCUGCCUCCAAACCUUUCCCUUGGACUUCAGAUUCAUCGGUAACAGAACUUCUGUCAUCCAACAGGUCGGAAACGCAGUCCCGCCCACCUUCUCUGAGAAGCUCUACACCAGCAUCCGUAAGACACUCGAUGAAGUUGACGCGCAAGAUACUAAGCGCAUUCAAGAAGACCGCGAACCUACCAUGGUGCUAGAUGACGAGGACGAGAAAAUCGUUAUGGAUCUAGAUGUUUGAAGUCGAGGUUCAUUCAUUCAUGUCGCUUGUGAAUCAGCCUCCUCCAGAAUCACGAUCUCAGACUUCCAUUACAGCGUUGUCAUCACGCUGCCUCUGGUCAACCGAACUAUCGGCCUUGCCCGUACUGUCUCUCGUUUCUCGUCUCUCCAGUGGUUGGCUCUGCCAUUGGAGUCAAGAAAUACAGGAAAAAACAUGAAAAAUAAACUCACCACAGAAAGGCCGCUGUCUAAAAAAACUCCUU